AUGGAUGAGGCAUGGCACGAUGUCGACAUGCCAGUGGCAGACGAGAGGAGUGUCAACUGUGCUGGCAUAGAAGGCAAGGCGGCGGACACAGUGGGCAAAGCAAGCAGUGGCAGCAGUGGGCACAGUCACAGUGAGACGCUGGUCGACAACCAAGAAGCAGCAGCCGAACUGGCAGAUUGGCUUGCAGAGAUGGAGUUGACGAGCCCAAAGUUCCUUCGAGCGACGCCAGUAUAUUGCAUCACAGCAGGCGCUGGUCGUGCGCUAAGAACCUCCUACAAUUCUGCCCUCGUCAGCCAGGAAGUGGAGUUCAUUCGCAAGUUUGUAUCCCACAGCUGGCAGUCAAGACCUUUUUGGAAAACGCUGAGUUUGCUCUGUUUUUACAACUGGAAGCAAGCCGCAGUGGCCAGCUGCGGAAGUGCAACUCUCAUGGCGCUUCUCUUCAGCUUGCGCCAAUUGCCAGGCUUCAUGAAAGUUGGCCGCCUCCAACAAGCCGUCUUUGUGGGGCCAUGGAGUUUGUCUGCAGGGACGCUCACCUUUCUGCUGGUUUUGAUGUUUCGGCGGCCCUGUGAGCUGGUCUUCCUCGACCGGCUGUGCAUAAACCAACGAGAUGUGAAGCAGAAAAUGGAGGGUGUCUUGAACAUCGGGGCCUGCCUGAAGCGGUCUGAGAAGCUCAUGAUCAUUUGGGACAGCAGCUACUGUUACAGGUUGUGGUGUAUCUUCGAAUUGGCCGCGUUUCUGAGAACUCAUGAGACGCCAGACAUGCUGGUCCAGCCCUUAUCAGUUGCUGUCUUAUCUUUGCUGUCCUUCAUGACGAACGUCGUGUUUUGCUACACCAGUAUCUUCCUUCCUUGGGACAGCGAGAUUACACUCUUUGGGGUGGUGCUGGGCUUGUGUGCUUUUGGGUGGCUGGCCAGCACAGUGCUGCUCAAUUUCACCACUUCCGUGGAGGUCAUGCAGAAGCAGUUGCAAAACUUCCAAAUUGCGGACACCACUUGCUCGUGUUGCGAGAGGAACCACAAAAGUGCAGACGGCACGCCCCUCAUGUGUGACCGCGAGGUCCUGCUGAGAUGCAUAAGGGUCUGGUUCGGGUCCGAGGAGGAAUUUGAAAGGUCCGUGCAGGAAUCUACGCAGGCCGCCUUGGUGCAUCACUUGGGCGGGCUUUGUUUCCCCUACCAUUAUAUGGUAACUUCCGGCCUUCCAGCACUGUGGGUGCAGAUGGACUUUGCAGCUAGCAGAUGGUACAUAGGUGACAACACUGAUGCACUGGAAAACUUGGUCAUCGGCAUAGCUGCUAUAUUUCUGACCAUUCCAGCAAACCUUGCGGCGACUCACCUUUGCGGUAGAUGUACUUCUCGUUGCCGCCCGAUGGUGCGGAAACUGCUUGCAGCAGCCGUUUGCGCAGGACUGCUGCUAGCCAGUCAAGGUACCAUACAGAUUUGCAUGUCAAUGUUUCGUGGAUCUCCUGUGCCUGGUGGGGUAGUGCAUAGCGCUUUUUGGCUUCUGCCAGCCUGGGCACUUUGGCGCUCUGCCAGCUCAAAGUCAAAGCCCUGA